AUGCAGCAAGUGAAGUCAGAUCUGGACAUUUCUUUCUGGUCAGUAAGUCCGAGUCCGCUGAAGCCGGAGGAUCGGAAUGACACCAUUUCGGAGAGCGUGUGUGUCUUCUCCCCGCAGGUAGGGGGCGCUCACCUGCUCUGUGACCUGCUGGGGGUGAUGCGGAGAGCUCAGGAGAUGUGCGCCGAGACUCUGACCAAUCACAGCCUGUCUGGGGGCGGCCGGCAGCUGGAGGAGGGAUGUUCCGGAAUGUGGGACAAUAUCAGCUGCUGGCCGCCCACCCCCCGGGGCCAAACCGCGGCCAUCCCCUGCCCCGAGAUCCUGCAAAUCAUAACCGGCAUCAAAGUCCCCGCCCCCGAGGAUCUGACCAUCUACACAUCAGUCCCCGCCCCCGAGGAGCUGACCAUCUACACAUCAGUCCCCGCCCCGGAGGAUCUGACAGUCUACACAUCACAACAUUACUACAUGCACCUGAAGACCCUGUACACGGUGGGGUACGGCAUGUCUCUGGCGUCCCUGUCCAUGGCCAUCGUCAUCCUGCUGUCAUUCCGGAGGCUGCGCUGUACCCGCAAUUACAUCCACAUGCACCUCUUCUUCUCCUUCAUCCUGCGCGCCGCCUCCGUCUUCAUCCGGGACGCCGUUCUCUUCUCUGUGGACGACAUCAACCAUUGCAGCGUCUACCUGAAGGAUUGUUACUACGUGAUGAUCUUCUUCCAGUAUUGUAUUAUGGCCAAUUACAGCUGGCUCCUCGUGGAGGGACUCUACCUGCACACGCUGCUCGUCGUCUCCUUCUUCUCCGAGUGGAAGUACUUCUGCUGGUAUAUUGCCCUCGGCUGGGGUAAGAGUCAGUGCAAGUACCCCUGUCCUCCUCUGGUGGGGGUACUGACUUCCUCCUCUUCCUGCAGGUGCUGGAACAUCAAUUCUAACGCCAGUAUCUGGUGGAUCAUCCGCGGGCCGGUCAUCAUCUCCAUCUUUGUGAGUGGAAACUUCUGAUAACCCAAAACUGACUUCCUCCAUAAUGUGCACUUCCUGUCCGUGGCAGUGCACCUACCUGACAUGUUGCACCUCUUUGUUCUCGGCAGGCGUCUGGCCCGGUCCACGCUCCUCCUCAUCCCGCUGUUUGGCGUUCAUUACAUCAUCUUCGCCUUCUUCCCGGAGGAUGUGAGCAGCGGCACCGUGGAGAUCCGGCUGUCCUUCGAGCUCGCCCUCGGAUCCUUCCAGGUCAUU